AUGGCACCAAAUGCAAUUUUGAAAUUCGCCACACUCUCGUUACUUGUUCUCCUAGCCAUUUCUGCUUCCACAGAAGCUAAUUUCAACUUCAACCAAAAGCUCAAAGAGACCAAGUUGGUCUUCUACAUGUUCGACUGGGAGACUGGCCUAAACAAAACCACCGUCCCGGUCGCCGGCAUCCGGGGGAACCGGUGGUGGAUUCUCGGGUUCGGUACCAUCUUCAUGAUCAACGACAAGCUCACCGAGUCAUACGAUCGCAACUCCACCGUGGUCGGGAGGGCCCGAGGGGCCUAUGUGAACUCGGCUGGGGAUGGCUCGGAUUUGCAUUUGUUGAUGUCACUUGUGUUCACCAACCGGGAGUUCAAUGGGAGCAUACUAGAAAUACAGGGUUCCGAUCGGUUUUACAACUAA